GUUCGCCAGGAGCGGUAGCGCGUCUUGCCCAGCGGUGUUUUUACCCUGCAGUGGCGGCGCUCCCAUAGGCCCUGGCCGCCGUGUCUAUGGUGCGUGUGGCUAGAGCGGCUCCUCCGCGGAGCACUGUGGGGCGGCCAUGGCGGCGCUCGGGGAGCUGGGUUACGGUCGCUGAGGAAGCUGCGGGCGGUGCCGGCGGCGGGGCCCGGGCGGCGCUGCGGCCGCGAUGGCCGCGGCGAGCGAGGAGUCGCUGCACCGGCUGUCGGGGACGAGCCCGGGCGGCGAGGCGGGGCUGGUGCUGCGGGCGCAGGGCGCCGAACAGCACAUCUUCAAGGCGCCGGCCCCGCGCACCUCUCUGCUGGGCCUGGACGUGCUGGCGGCGCAGAAGCGGCGGGAGCGCCAGGAGGGAGCCGGGGGGAAGCGAUCCCGGGUCGCAUCCUACAAAGACUGGGAAGAGGGUCGUGACGAGGCGGGCAGCGCCGAGGAGGAGGACGAGGAAGAGGAUGAGGACGACCGGAGCAGCCGCAAAGCUCGCAGGAACAGGCAUUACCGCUCCGUCCCGGAGACACCUUCAUAAGGGGGUGUCAGCGAGGAGUUCUGGGAACGCAGCCGGCAGCGGAGAGGGAGCGUCGGACACGGAACAGUCUUUGCCUCCUCCAAGGAGGAGAAGGAACGGAAGAAGGAACGCAGUAGGGAGCGGGACCACGAUCGUAAACGGGACCGUGAGGAGCGGGACAGGAGUCGUCACAGCAGCAGAUCAGAAAGGGAUGGCUCGUCAGAAAGGAGCAGCAGGAGGAGUGCUGAGAGCCCCCGACAUCGGCCCAAAGAUGCAGCCACACCAUCUCGCUCCAGCUGGGAGGAAGAUGAUAGUGGCUACAGCAGUACCCGUCGCUCACAGUGGGAAUCUCCCUCACCCACGCCUUAUCGGGACUCGGAGCGCAGCCGGCCAUCGUCACUGCGGGACACGGACCGGCGGGAACGGGACAGGUCUGUGAGGAGCAGGUACUCAGACAAGACGCACUGCCCACCCCGUCGUACAAUACAAUGAGUGGCUGACGACAGGAAGCACCUCGGAGCCACGCCACGGCUGUCCCGAGGGAGAGGGCGGCGCGCAGACGGCGAGGAGGGCAUCGCCUUUGAGACGGAGGAGGAGCGGCAGCAGUGGGAGGAUGACCAGCGGCAAGCUGACCGGGAUGGUACAUGAUGGACGAGGCUAGAUGAUUCACAACCCUUGGCCUACUCCUCUGAGGAGUACGUGAAGAAGCGUGAGCAGCACUUACACAACAGGCAGAAGCGGAUCUCAGCACAGCGGCGGCAGAUCAAUGAGGAUAACGAGCGCUGGGAGACGAAUCGCAUGCUGACCAGUGGGGUCCAUCGGAUUGAAGUGGAUGGAUUUGAAGAGGAUAACUCCGCUAGUCACUUGUUGGUGCACAACCUGGCUCCUUUCCUGGAUGGAAGGAUUGUCUUCACCAAGCAGCCAGAGCCAGUCAUCCUGUGAGGAUCCACCUCGGAUUUGGCCAUCAGCCGGAAAGGCAGCCAACUGGUGCGCAAGCACAGGGAGCAGAAGGAGCGUAAGAGGGCACAGCACAAGCACUGGGAGCUGGCAGGCACUAAAUUGGGAGACAUUAUGGGGAUCAAGAAAGAGGAGGAGAAGGAUGAGAUGGUGACAGAAGAUGGCAAAGUGGAUUACAAGACUGAGCAGAAGUUUGCUGAACACAUGAAAGAAAAAAGUGAAGCCAGCAGUGAGUUUGCCAAGAAGAAAUCAAUCCUGGAGCAGAGACAAUACCUGCCUAUCUUUGCUGUGCAGCAGGAACUGCUCUCCUCAGAAAUACUUUUUCUCUUUCUCAGAGACAACAGCAUUGUGAUUGUGGUGGGGGAGACGGGGAGUGGGAAGACGACUCAGCUGACGCAGUACCUGCAUGAGGAUGGCUACACUGACUACGGCAUGAUCGGCUGCACCCAGCGCAGAGUGGCCGCAAUGUCGGUGGCCAAGCGGGUCAGUGAGGAGAUGGGGGUCCGUCUGGGGGAGGAGGUGGGCUAUGCCAUCCGUUUUGAGGACUGCACGUCCGAGAACAUAAUCAAGUACAUGACAGAUGGGAUCCUCCUCCGUGAGUCACUGAGGGAGGCUGUGGACAACUACAGUGCUAUCAUCAUGGAUGAGGCUCAUGAGCGCUCACUCAACACUGAUGUGCUCUUCGGGCUGCUUCGGGAGGUGGUGGCCCGACGCUCAGAUCUGAAGCUUGUUGUCACCUCAGCCACCAUGGGAUGCAGAUAAGUUUGCUCCUUCUUUGGGAACGUUCAUUUCCACAUUCCUGGGCGCACUUUCCCUGUGGAUAUUCUUUUCAGCAAGACCCCACAGGAGGAUUGUGAGGCUGCAGUGAAACAAGCUCUGCAGGUCCACUUGUCUGGUGCUCCUGGAGACAUCCUCGUCUUCAUGCCUGGCCAGGAGGAUAUUGAGGUGACCUCAGAGCAAAUUGUGGAGCACCUUGAGGAGCUGAGAAGGCACCUGCUUGCUGUACUGCCAAUCUAUUCUCAGCUGCCCUCAGACUUGCAGGCCAAGAUCUUCCAGAAGGUGCCCGACGGGGUCAGGAAGUGCAUCGUUGCCACUAACAUUGCAGAGACCUCACUGACAGUGGAUGGCAUCAUGUUUGUGAUUGACUCUGGCUACUGCAAGUUGAAGGUUUUCAACCCCCGCAUAGGCAUGGAUGCGCUGCAGAUCUACCCCAUCAGUCAGGCCAAUGCCAAUCAGAGGGCAGGCCGAGCUGGCCGGACAGGCCCAGGCCACUGCUUCAGGCUCUACACCCAGAGCGCUUACAAGAAUGAGCUGCUGACAACCACGGUGCCUGAGAUCCAGCGCACCAACCUCGCCAACGGGCUCUUGCUCAAGUCCCGGGUGUGCAGGAACCUGCUACAGUUCCUCAUGGAUCCGCCCCCUGAGGACAACAUGUUGAACUCCAUGUACCAGCUGUGGAUCCUGGGGCCCUGGAUACACAGGUGGUCUGACUCAACGGGACGUCUCAUGGUGGAGUUCCCACUGGACCCUGCACUCUCCAAAAUGCUCAUGUCCUGUGACAUGGGUUGCAGCUCUGAGAUCUUGCUUGUUGUCUCCAUGUUGUCUGUACCUGCCAUCUUUUACCGUCCUAAGGGCCGAGAGGAGGAGAGUGACCAAGUGCGGGAGAAAUUUGCUGUUCCAGAGAGUGAUCACUUGACUUACCUGAAUGUUUACCUGCAGUGGAAAAACAACAGCUAUUCUACCCUGUGGUGCAAUCAGCACUUCAUCCAUGCCAAGGCCAUGCGGAAGGUGCGGGAGGUGCGUGCCCAGCUCAAGGACAUUAUGGUGCAGCAGCGGAUGAGCCUGGCGUCCUGUGGUACGGACUGGGAUGUUGUCAGGAAGUGCAUCUGUGCUGCAUAUUUCCAUCAGGCUGCAAAGCUGAAGGGCAUUGGGGAGUAUGUGAACAUCCGCACAGGCAUGCCCUGCCACCUGCACCCCACGAGCUCUCUGUUUGGCAUGGGCUACACACCAGACUACAUUGUGUAUCAUGAAUUGGUUAUGACCACAAAGGAAUACAUGCAGUGUGUCACUGCUGUGGAUGGAGAGUGGCUGGCAGAGCUGGGCCCCAUGUUCUACAGUAUCAAACAUGGCAAGUCACGCCAGGAGAACCGCCGCCGUGCCAAGGAGGAAGUGUCUGCCAUGGAGGAGGAGAUGGCUUUGGCGGAGGAGCAGCUGCGUGCCCGCCGGGAGGAGCAGGAGCGUCGUAACCCACUGGGCAGUGCAAGAUCUACUAAAAUCUACACCCCUGGGCGGAAGGAGCAGGGGGAGCCCCUGACGCCACGACGCACCCCAGCCCGCUUUGGCCUCUGAGAUGGCAGUACCUGUUGCUUUGAGACUUAAGGACUUCCAGGAGCAGCUGAGUCUCAGGAGAGUCCCCAACUCCCCUGAUCGCUGUAUUCUAUGAGAUCUCUACAGCUUGUGGCCCAGGAAGGCUUUGGUGCUUGGCACUAAUUUUGCUACAGAACAGAAAGAAUUUUAUUUGUUUAAAGGUUGUCAGUCUUAA